AUGAUCGAAAGCGAACCCCGCGGCUUUGGGAGGAGCCUUGAGCGAAUCGUACAGGAACCGGAAGUCCACCAUCAGCAUCAACACCAGCAUCAGCAAGCUCAAGAGCAGAACGCCCAAGUCGAAGACGUUCAGCAGCAGGUUCAGCGUCUCGAUAUCAGCGACAACAACGCCUACGAAAGAAACAGGGCCCGCGCAGCAGCACCUGAGCCCGAGCCGGUACCAGCAUCAGCGGAGGAGGACGCCGGAGUCAUCCGUGUCAGCGUCACCACUACGACUACCGUCAGCGACGCGGCAGCCUCAGGAACGACACCCACCGCUUUCAACAGUAAUCACGGAUACAACAUAAUACAUCCCAGCGCAUACGGCGUAACAAACGACAACAUGGGUCUCGCAUACAACGUCUACCUCAACAGCGGCAAGAUUUAUGGAUGCAGGAACUGCAAGACCCAUUUGGCUAAUCAUGAGGAUAUCAUCAGCAGGAACUUCAGAGGCCAACACGGUAAAGCCUACCUUUUCAACAGCGUCGUCAACGUCGAGACGGGCGAUGCCGGCGAGCGUAAUAUGACGACCGGCCGCCACGUCGUGCGGGACAUUUUCUGCCGUCAGUGCAAGGAGGUCGUUGGGUGGAAGUACGACAAAGCCUACGAGCCUAGCGAGAAGUACAAGGAGGGCAAAUUCAUUUUGGAGGCCGAGUUGCUUGCCAAUGUUAACUAG